AUGGUUUUUAAUAAAAAUUCCAAAUCCUUCCACAAAAGCAAAAAACCCACCAAACUACCUAAAAGUGCAGUUGCUGAUGCGCAUCCACAUAUUAAGAUGCAUAUCCCCGCAAAUGAUUUUCCUGUUGUUAUUUCAAAUGCAGAUACAAAUACAGAUGCAACAAGUUUGGAAAUUAGCACUAUUCCAGCUCGAGUAAAGCGGAAUAGAAAAGGGAAAUCGAAGAUUCCUAAGAGUGCGAGAUUGAAGCGUUGUAGGGAUGAGACUCUGAUUCGUAUAUCUCCGAUCGGGAUUGUGGGGGGUGUUGAGGAGGGUUUGGAGGGUAGAGGUGCGUUGGUGAUGGAUGCGACUGGCUUGGAUUCGGAUUCGGAUUCGGUUAUUGAGGAGAGUAAAGGUGGAGAGGUGGAUAGUGGGCAUUUUGCUUCAGAUGAUCUUGAUCUUGAUCUUGAUCUCGACCUUCCGCUAUCCUUCCAGCAUCAAAUACCAACUGUUGUAGCGACCAUGAGUAAUCCUCUUUCAGGGGAAGGAAAAUGUUUACCUACAACCUAUCUAUCGACUUCGGAACCAGCAGCGAUCAAAGGGAUUAUUACUCCAAGCAUUUCCCCCAAAUUACCUCCUACUCAGAUGGCUUCCCCGAUUACCUCUGAUACUGUUCCAAAUUCUUACAAUUCGUAUACAUCAUUUAUGUAUACACCUCCUCAUGGCACCCCAAAACCGUUGGCUCCUCAAUCUGAUCAAAAUCCUAAGGAGUCUUCUCCAUCUGACCCACUCCCAAAGACCUCGCAAUCGACUCCGCUUCUUCCUGCGCAUAGUCACUCUAUUCGUACUUCUCAGAAAUCCUCUGUUUCAACGCUUCCACCGGGAUUUUAUGAAUACCACACUAUUAGUGAAACUGUAAUUAUUCCACGUGCUUCUGAGCAUGGCGAAACUGGCUCUGGCUCUGGUUCUGGUUCUAACUCUGCCAAUAUUUCUAGUUCCGAAUCUAGCGGUGGCUUAACACCUACCUCAUCUCAAUCAUCUUUACGAGAGAAAUGUAAGAUUUCAUGUGGAAUGAAACCGAGUCUUUUAUGUGCCUAUAUCUUAUUUGGAUUUUGUCUUGUUUGGCUCAUGUGGAUGUCCUUUACUACGAUUUCUCGAAAAGAGACAAGUAAUCGUGGAGGUGUUGGAUUUAAUGUUAUUGGUGGACAUGUUUUACCCUACGGUGCCAGAGUUCCGGCAGUGGCUCCUUUCAAGUAUGCUCGUGCAGUUAAGGAAGUAGUCCCGACUGCUGAGGUAAUUUCCUCCAACUUUGGUCUCAACACGCAAGGGGAUCGAAUUGAUGAAAUCACUACUAGUCAAGUGGACAAGGUACUGAACGGACAUUUUGAUGAAGUGGGCAAGCAGCAGGAUUUAAAAAUAAUUUGGGUACUCUUGACAUGGUUCGCAUUCGCUUGUGCUUAUGUGAUUGCUAUUAUGGCAUUUACUGUGCUGAUAUCAGAAGCUGUGUCGUAUGUUCCUGGAUGGACUAAGAAGAUUUCUACUGAGGAGCUUUCUGGUGAAAAGGUGUAA